AUGUCCGAUGGCGGCGACAAUGAUGAGAAAGAAGACAAUACGCGAACCCAGGAAAUCUAUGCCAACUUGUUUGGUGAGAGUGAUAGCGCAGGGGGGAGUAGCAGCAGACAGCUUGGUGGAUCUACUGGCCGCUUUGGUGGCGAUCCUUCCACGGCCGACAAGAAAGAGCAAGUGUCGCAAAAGAUUGACAUUGCCGACAUUCCGAUACCCUUGUGGACGGACAGCAUGGAAAUUUCAGAAGAGCGAUGGCAAACUAAAAUUGAAUUUGAUGACAUUCCCGACUGGUCUCCCGAUUUUGUCUCCAGAAUCAGUAAGGAACGAGUCGAGAUAUUCAAAGGUGGAAUACCCACUCUAUCAGAACUUGCACAGCUGCCGUUGCCACCCCCACCGUUUCCCCAUCCAGGCCACGGUCAAUCCAAAGAAUACGCCAAUCUGCGCCGACAGGCCAUUUACGAAAAGAUUCGAAAGGAAGUUGUCAAGGCUGCUGAACCUAAACUUCCAGGCAUAUUGACACUUCCAACAUGGCAAGAAAAACAAGAUGCCGUGGAUGCCUUGUUUGAGUCGGUGGAACACCAACUACGCGUGAAAGAGUCCAUACUCUCGGGACAUCCACAGUUUGGACGAUGGGUGGAACGAGCAUUGGAGUCCUAUUUGAAAACGUUCAAAAAGGAAACACCAACAGAGUUGGCAUCAUCCGAUGGAGCCGAGUCGGCCGAUGAAAAAGACGAAGCAUCAGAUGAGAAAGCAGUGCCAGUCUUUAUGGAUUGCUACAGUGCAAAGGACCCAGAGGACCAAAUGGUUCCCAGUAUUCUAAUGCCUCUGAAACCUCAUCCACAUGAUGGACCUGGUAGAAUGGUGGAGGAGUGGGAGCUUUCAGCCCACAGCAAGUCCAAGAGGAUCAUGUUACGUCAAUCAACAAGGGACAUUGCUCGUGCUUUACAGGAAUCGGAAUCGGCACGUGUCUUGGUAACUGGGCGCAGAGGUGUGGGAAAGACCGCAGCGAUUGCAUCUGUGGUAGCAGCGGCGAGAAAGUCAGGCUACAUAGUGCUCUACAUGCCGGAUGGAAACCGCCUUCACAAACUUGGAUACUACAUUGAACCCAAUCCCAAAAACAAGGAACUAUACGACCUUCCUGUGCUGUCACAGGAAGUGUGCGACGAAUUGAUGACUCGCCAUGAAUCCGACCUGGAGGGAAUGGAAGCCGACGAAGCGACAAUGCAACAAUUCUUUACCGAGAGGCAAUUGGAAGAUCUGUCAGGUUACUCGGGCAGUGGUAGCAUGCUUUUGGUGGACCUAUUGAAAGCCGCCAAAGCAAACGUGGCACAUGCUGCCAUGUGCUUCACCGUGACGGUGGAUGUCUUGACGAAACAAACCGACAAACCAUUCUUGAUGGCGCUCGAUGAGUUCAAUUGCUACUUUGAACCUGGUCACUACUUCCACAUGGACUACGAUGAUAGCGUUGAGACUGCCAUCCCAUACGACCAGAUCAACCUCUUCAAACCUGCUCUUGAUGCCAUGGCGCUGUCGUUGGAGGAGGACGAGGAAAUCCCGUUGAAAACACCGAUUGCUCCCAAACGUGGGGGUGUCAUUGUUGGAAUAUCCGAGUCUUGUGCGAUUGCACGAAAAUGUACGGACGCAUUGACAGCAUAUGCGAGUCGCUCAGUCGCUGCUGGUCACGCUGGCGCAGCUCUCCAUAUAUUGGAGGUACCAAGGUUUUCCGAAUUGGAAGUCGAUCACAUACUUGCCAAUUACGAGAGCAUUGGUAUUGGUCACUUACGAAAUGAUCGAGGCGAAACAGUGAUGAACAAAGAGGGGAUUGCAUAUUUGCGAAUGAUUUCAAGCGAUGUGGGCCAGAAUCUGCUGGACGUGUGUUGUUAUUGA